CCGGAAAAGUAGGCGUGUCUUAAACUGUCAACUAACUGAAGAACAACAAAAACAAACACCACACCGAGGGGGUUCUGGGGACGAUGGUCUUCUUGUUUCAUUAAAGUUCUCAUCAACAUUUUCUCUCGGUGGCAGAGGAGAUGUGACCUGAUGUGCAGUUGAAAACAGGCUUUCCUUUGGUCUCUGCUACAUCAGAGGUAUGAAUUGGGGCAUCUGUGAAACAAGAAACUAUCUAUGACAGAAACAUCAGACAGAGUCCGGACGCAAUGCUCAGCCGUUUUGCAAAAACACCACCUCAGGUGGGCUGAGUCUAAGAUGAUCAGACCCCAUGUGUCUGAAACUGAUAGGGCUGAUGAGGGGCUGAUCGGGGUUGAAGAGAGAGGGCGAGACCUUGGCACCUGGUUGCUGUGUGUUGACACAAAGUUGAGGUUGUAUGCGGUUAUGAAUGACGUCAUCACAAAAUCGUACUACUGCAAAUCGAAAAAUCAUCUUUGCAUACUAAUUGGUUAAUGCACAUGCACUAAAUCAGGAAGAAUUACUGUGACUAAGCCGCUUUAAUUGUGACACUACUACUGACACUACUACUACUAUUAGUAAUACUCAGGGUUCCCGCGUGAUCUUAAAGUCUAAAGAAGUUUAAAAUUUCAAAAUCAAAACUUCAGGCCUUUUUAAAAAGUCUUAAAUUCACAAAGUGUUGUGUUCUAGCUCUUAAAUAAUUUUAAAUGGGUCUUAAUUUUCCUACGUCAAUGUAACGCUAUCUAAUGCUCAUUGAAAUGUUCCCGCAGCGCUUUAGAAAGGGUGAGUGUUGCUGUAGUUAUUUUCUGUUGCUAGUCCAAAUACUAUUUGCUGUAUUACGACUACAAAUGAGACCAAAAUGCAACUUAUAUUGCAGCCAAUCUAGACACAAGUCCUAUAAUGCCCAUGAGGAAAACGGGGAAUUUUUUCAGACAGUUUCCGGACUCUGACAACGGACUUUGUUUUUGAUGUUGUGAUAAAGGUCUUAAAUUUCAUUCACAAUGGUCUUUUAAAAGUCUUAUUUGACUUGGUGAAACCUGUAGAAACCUAUUGCUGCUACACUACUACCACCUUAAUUUCUACUGCUUUUUAUGCUAUUUAUUUAUUCCACUGUGAUGUUAUUUCUACUGCAGGGCAGCAGUACGUUACGGCUACAUUGAAAAGCUACAUUUAGGCAUUUUUGAUUAUAACAGCAUUGAUUAUCCUAAAUUAUUAAGUUUUCUGUUAAUCGACUAAUCGGUUAGUCAGCUUAUUUUUUCAGCACUACAAAAAAUGACUCCACAGGAACAAGUGCUUCACUGAGAAGAAGUGCAUUGGUGCAACUGUGCACCUGCUCUUGUCAGUGCUGCUUUGCCUCUCACGUUUCUGCUUCUGUGUCUUGUAGGUUGUUGAUGGGUUAUUUUUAGAUCUUUCUAUCCAACACCUACACAGAAGAAAAAUGUCUGCCAACAGGAGCAAUAAGACCAAGUGAAAUGGUUUGACGAUGGUGCAAAUCCUGUUGUCAAGUCCUGUACAGUACAUACGUAGACACGUGGAUGCAUUUAAACUGUUUUGUCUGCUCAGUUGUUUUUUACUUUACCUAACCAGGGAUGGGGCUGCAAAUUACCUUGAGCUAGACGUGCUGUAUAUAUCUGUUGCACUUUUCAGUGUUUGUCUGUUUUUUCCCCUUUUUAUACUCAAAUACAAAGUGACUGCUCUUGCUUUAACCACUACUCCUUCUGUUUCUACUGCUAAAAGACAUUUGGCAAAUUUUAAUCCAGCUCUGUGUCAUUACAGUGUGUGCAGUAGGGAAGGAGCACGCCGUUCUUCUAAACACACUGCCCACACAAAGAUGACACCGAGCUGGAUUAAAUGUUGCAAAGUAUCCCUGCCUUUUGUUCCUGUAUCAACACCGACCACAUUACUGUAAAUGUUCUGUGGUUAGCUAGGCAGCUAAUUUCACCAGUCAUUAAACAAAUAUUACAAUUGCAUACAAUUAUUGCUAAUAUUAUUACUACUAUUUUCAAAGAGUUUUCCUACUAAUACUACUGAAUAAAAAAAAAAUCCUUUGCAAUUGGCAACACAAGGUCACUAAUAUAUAUUCCUCAACUGGGUUGACAAAAUAUGUUUUUACUUCCUAAGCGAAUUUAGUUAACAAUGUUGUCUGUAUACAUCAAAUUUGUUUGGGCACCUAAAAAGUAAAAAGUGAAAUUGAGGAUUGUUCAGAAAAAUGCCUUCCUUUUUACCUACAGCAUAAAGGCUUCAGUGAAGCUGGCUAAUGGCCUGUAGAGUUCAGCCGGUUGAGCUGGUCGCACGGCUUCCACUUUAAAUGACCAUACAAGUGGUUUUUCAUGUUUGGGCCUUUUAAACAACAAAUGUGUAGGUCCAAACAUUUUCUACAGGGCGUUUGUCUGUGUGUGACCCUUUCAUGUUAUAGGCAAAGACUGAACGUGUCCUGAGGGAGAAAACUCUAAAAAUGGCUGCGACCAUGGAGUCGUCCUCUGAUGAAGAAGAGGGGUGCACCUUCAUCCAAGUCCUGAGUGAGAAAUACAACCCGGAGAAUUUCCCCUACGGCCAAGGAGUAGUGGUAAUGCCCAGCCCACCAGGGUCCCCUGUCAAAGGUCGCCUGUUCUUGCCCAAUAUGCUGGUUCUGAGUGAUGCUGGAAUCAGAAAAGCCGGUGACAGGUCAGACAUUGCAGCGUUCUGUGCCCAUGUGCUAGAGCUGGAUCUGUCCCACAAUCAACUUAACGACUGGGCAGAGAUCUCCACCAUUGUUUCCAACAUCCCCCACUUGGAAUUCCUCAAUCUGAGCAUGAACCCUCUGAGCGGCAUAGAGCUGGAGCCCAGCAUGGCUGAGGUGUUCUCCAGGGUCCGACAACUUGUCCUCAUUAACACACAAGUCAGCUGGGACACCGUGCACACACUCACACAACAGGCACAAGAGCUGGAGGAGCUUUUCCUGUGCCUGAAUGGCUACAACACCGUGUCAGAAUCCCAGACGUCCUGUCCGUCACUACGCCUGCUGCAGAUUACAGACAACCAGCUGAAGGAAUGGGCAGAAGUGAGAAAGUUGGGGCAGAUGUACCCGAGUCUGAAAACACUGAUUCUGGCCAAUAACCGUGUGGAUUCUGUGAGUGACACUCGGGAAACACUGGAGCAGCUCUUCCCCAACCUGCGCACCAUCAACCUCAAUAACUCAGGGCUUAGUAAAUGGGAGGACAUUGAAAGGCUGGCUUUCUUCCCUAAGCUGGAGGACAUAAAAGCAAAGGGGAUUCCUUUACUGCAGCCUUACACCACCCAUGAGAGACGUUGCCUCCUUUUAGCACAGCUGCCAUCUGUAGUGUUGCUGAACGGAAGUGCAGUGUCUGAUGGAGAGAGAGAGGAUGCUGAGAGGCUUUUCAUCCGGUACUACCAGGACUGCCCAGAACAGGAACUUCCUGAAAGGUACUCUGCCAUACAAUAUGCUUCAUACAUGCGCCUGCUCUACGCACUGAUCCAACACGGCCACGAUACUCAGGACAUCCUGUAUCCAUAUGGGCCCAGCCAUAGGGAUCUAGAGACUCCAAAGAUGGAUGAUGGGAGUUCUACUGAAAAUAUUUUGCUCAUUCAAUUCAUUUUCUUCAAUGUCCCCUACCGUUCCAUCUAUGUGAACAACAAUGGUGUGAUCUCCUUCAACGUGCAGGUUAGCCAGUUCACACCAGAGGCUUUCCCCCUGAGUGACAGCAGAUCGUUCAUUGCUCCACUUUGGGCAGAUGUGCACAACGGCAUCCGCGGAGAUGUGUUCUACCGAGAGACCACCGAACCGGAAAUACUGGAAAGGGCAACCCAAGAUGUCCGGAAGUACUUCAAAAACAUGCCCACUUUCACAGCCACCUGGGCUUUUAUUACAACAUGGCACCAAGUCACCUUUUAUGGAGGAAGCCAGACAACCCCGGUGAACACAUUCCAAACUGUACUAAUCUCAGAUGGCGUGGCAUCCUUCAGUAUGUUCAACUACGGAGAAAUCACAUGGAGCACAGGAACAGCCAGUGGUGGAGAUCCUUUAACAGGACUGGGUGGGACGACAGCUCAGUCAGGUUUUAAUGGUGGAGACAUUGGUCACUUCUUCAACCUGCCAGGAUCACGGUCAAAUGAUGUAGUGAACAUUGAACAGACAACCAAUGUAAAUACCCCUGGGCGCUGGUUGUUCCGCGUAGACACUGAACUGAUAGAUCCUGCCAAUGGCUGCAGCUACAAUGGUCGUUUUUACAGACGAGGGGAAAUCUUCUGGCUGUCUGACCAGUGUUCACAGCGAUGCCGCUGCCUUGACAUUGACAACAAGGUGCAGUGCCAAGAGGCUCCGUGCGGGCAGCUGGAGACCUGCGAGCAGCAGGAAGGGGCUUUUUACUGCCAGCCGACCCGCACCAGCACUUGUGUGGUAUUUGGCGACCCUCAUUACCACACCUUCGAUGGCUUCCUCUAUCACUUCCAGGGAACCUGCUCCUACCUGCUGGCGCGGCCCUGCUGGGAGGUGGCAGGGCUGCCUUUUUUCAGCGUGGAGGCCAAAAAUGAGAACCGUGGGGUCGCCUCUGUUUCCUGGCUUAGAGAUGUCACAGUGGAGGUGUACGGUCACAGAGUCAUGUUACCCAAAGGCAGUUUAGGAAUGGUCCAGGUGGACGGCUUAAUGAAGACUUUACCGGUCCAACUCCAGCUUGGUGCUAUCAGGGUUUACCAGUCUGGGGUUGCCAUUGCUUUAGAAACAGACUUUGGACUCAUGGUAACCUAUGACGGCCAACACUACGCAUCCAUCUCCCUACCCAGCUCCUACUUCAACAACACUUGUGGCCUUUGUGGUAACUAUAACGACGACCCCGCUGAUGAUCCUGUGCUUCCUGACGGCUCUCUGGCCGAAAGCGUAGUGGAGCUAGGGGGCAGCUGGCGAGCCGAAGACACAGACUGGAGGUGUACAGAUGGCUGCGCCCAGAACUGCAGCGUCUGUGACCCUCUUGUUGAAGCCUUCUACUUUCGCUCAGACUACUGUGGGCUCAUCAACAAAACCGAUGGACCUUUUAGGGACUGCAGAGCUGUAGUGGACCCCACAGCCUUUGUGUAUAGCUGUGUAUAUGACAUGUGCAGCAACAGGGAUAAUAUCACCACACUCUGCCAGGCCAUCCAGGCCUACGCUCUGGCCUGUCAGGCCCUCGGCGUCACGAUACGAUCCUGGAGAUCUCGCACCUUCUGCGCUUUUUCAUGUCCGGAGUUCAGCAAUUACCAAGUGUGCACAAGUGCCUGCCCAGCCUCCUGCUCGGACCUCACCUCUCCCCUGUAUUGUGCUCACCCUUGCACUGAGGGCUGCCAGUGUGACCAGGGCUACGUUCUCAGCGGCAGCCGUUGCGUAAAGCGCGAAGACUGUGGCUGUGAGCAUAACGGCCUCUAUUACCCCCGUAAUAACACUUUCUGGGCAGGCCCCAGCGGUGAAGAAGGUGAAUGUACCCUCCGCUGCACCUGCGGACCUGCUGGGGAAGUCUCCUGCUUCAACGAGUCUUGCAAGGAGGGGGAGGUGUGCGUGGCUGAGGUGGGCUUGUUGGGUUGUUACCCUCGGAGGGAGGGAGUGUGCUCAGUCACUCAAAACUCGGUGACGACCUCCUUUGAUGGCACCUUCCUGCUGUUCCCAGAUGACAGCUCCUACUACCUGCUGAAGCUGUGUGGCGCAGUGCCAGCUAACGGCUCAAUGGUGGAGGUGAAGAUGGGCAGGCGGCUGGUGAACAAAGGCCCCACUUGGAAAAGACCAGUGGUGGUUACAGUAGCUAACAUGGAAGCUCAGAUGGGAGGGAUAGAUUUUGACACAGUAAAGGUGAAUGGUGAACCAGUGGCGCUCCCAUAUGUCCAUCCAAUGGAGACAAUGAUGAUCUACAGAGCACCAGGCAAUGCUACAGUAGUGGAGUCCCGCGGUCUGAUUCGUGUCCAGUACUCUCACCAGGGAUUCGUCAACAUCUCCCUCUCCACCCUCUUCUACAAUGUUACUUGUGGUCUAUGUGGCGUCUUCAAUAGCAAUACCACUGAUGACCUUCGCCUUCCAAACGGACGCCUGGCGGAGUCCACUGAACAGUUCACAGAUGGCUGGCGGUCCAUUGCCGAUGACCUCACCUGCAAUGGUGACUGCGAUGACCUGUAUCGAAUGUGCACAGACUUGCGUCUCUACCAGAGUCCUUGGAUGUGUGGCACCAUCAAUGAUCCGGGGAAUAGUUCAUUUCUGGCAUGUCAUGCACUGGUGAACCCCUCACCGUUCUUCAGGAACUGCUUGUAUAACAUGUGUGUAAGGGAAGGGAAUCGUUCAGCCCUGUGUUCUUCACUGCAGGCCUAUGCCUCCGCCUGUCAGGAUGCCCAAGUAGGCCUCGCUUCCUGGAGGAGUGUCACCAACUGCCCUCUUCCCUGUCCUCAGAACAGUCAUUUUGAUGAGUGCACGAGCGCCUGUCCUCUGACCUGUGCCAACUUAGAUGAACCUGAAGAGCCGUGCCCUCUGCCAUGCCAGGAGGGGUGUCAGUGUGAGGAAGGCUUUGCGCUUCGCGAUGGCCUGUGUGUGGCACGCAGUGAUUGUGGCUGCAUGAGCCACGGACGCCAGCUGGCCACUAAUCAGACUUUCUGGACAGACUGGGAGUGCCAGGAGCGCUGCUACUGCAAUGGCUCCGACAACAGUGUAUACUGUCAGCUCGCACCCUGUCACACUGAGGAGUACUGCCAGGAGAAUGACGGCCUGUAUUUCUGCCAGCCGCGCACUGAGGCCCUGUGUGUGGCUGCUGGUUAUGGACAUUUUCUGCCAUUUGGUGGCGUACCGUUUGAGUUGCAGAGCUCUUGUUCUCUUAGGAUGGCCACCACCAGCUGUGGCAGAGAAAGCAGGGAGCCCGCAACCAUCAGUGGAACUUUCCCUCACUUUAAAUUGGCAGCUCGUAAUGAGGAAAGGGACACAGGCCAAGCAAUUUGGGUGAGGGGCUUUGUUCUGGAGGUCUACGAGUAUGAGAUUGAAGUGUCUCGAAGCUACAAAAACACUGUCACAGUGAAUAAGGAGCGUUUGUACCCUCCACUGAAGCUGGGCCCAGGGAAGGUCAACAUCUUCACCUGGGGCAUGCACCUCAUUCUGGAGACAGAUUUUGGCCUGAAGGUGGCCUUUGACUGGAACACUCUCCUCCUGUUGACGUUGCCUCGCGAUCUCUACAACAGCUCUUGCGGCCUCUGCCACGGCAUGCCCUUAUCCCCACCCACCCUUACCACCACUGACUGGGGCAUGGCCUGGGCAGAGAGGGACACCUUCUGCCAGGUGGGCUGUGGAGACUCCUGCCCACGCUGUGGCCUGGGAGAGACGAGCGAUCUAAAUGACGCCCCUCUCAUGGUGACUGAUGCCAACAUGAACACGGACAAUGGGGCAAAUGAAGUUGACACAGGCAUACGUUUUCACAUCGGAGAUGGACUGUAUGUGUUUGUGGAGCCUGAGGCAGUAAGGCUGUGCGGGCUAAUUGUGGAUCGAGGAGGUUUAUUUGCACGUUGUCAUAGCAAGGUGGCGCCAGCGUUCUUUUAUCAAAGCUGCCUGCAGGACACCUGUUUGGACCAGGGAGCUCAGGAUACAAUCUGUAACUGGCUGCAGAUAUACGCCGGCACCUGUCAGACCCAAGGUGUGCCUGUUACCGGCUGGAGGAGCGACACGCCAUGUGUCCAGAGCUGUCCACCUAACAGCCAUUACUCCAGUUGUGUGUCGGUUUGCCCGCCCCAGUGCGCCCCAGCCCGCGGCCAGAGGGACUGCAGCCAGGACUGUGUGGAGGGCUGUCAGUGUGACCAGGGCUACGUGCUCAACGGCAAGAGCUGCAUCCUGCCUCAGAACUGUGGCUGCUACACUGAUGGCAAGUACUAUGAGCCCAAACAGCUGUUUUGGAACAGUGACUGUACCAAACGCUGCCAGUGCAUCGGACGAAACCUGAUCCAGUGCGACCCGAGGCGCUGUAUAGCAGAGGAAGAGUGCACUCUGCGGCACGGAGUGCGGGGCUGCUUUGCGCGGCGCUCCCAGCACUGCGUGGCGUCUGGCGGUGGGGUUUUCAGGACCUUCGACGGGGCGUCGCUGCGGCUCCCGGCCUCCUGCUCCUUCGUCCUGUCCACAAACUGUCACAAGCUGCCUGACCUCUCCUUCCAGCUCAUCGCUAACUUUGAUAAAUGGAGCACACCCAACCUCACCACCAUCUCCCAUGUCUACCUUUACAUCAAUGAGGAGAACAUACUCAUCUCUGGCAGCACUGUCAAGGUUAAUGGUACACCAGUGUCGGUACCGUUUCUAACUGGGCUGAUGACGCGUCUGUCCACGUCCGAAGGUUUCAUUGUCAUCGACACACCUCAGGACAUCCAGAUUCGAUACAACCGCUUUAACACCCUUAGCAUCACAAUGGGCCAACGGCUUCAGAACAAGGUGUGCGGUCUGUGUGGGAAUUUCAACGGAGACCCCAGUGACGACUACAUCACUUCCAGGGGCAAGCCGGCUGUCAGCGCCCUGGAGCUGGCCCAGAGCUGGAAGACCAACGGUAUGCAGAACAGUUGUGAUGAAACCCAGUUUGUGGCUCUGGCUCAGUCCUGUGACAACACGGCGGUGCUGGCGCUGCAAAGUGAAGAUGCGUGUCAGAAGCUCACCCAGCUGAAGGGCUUCUUCCAGCCGUGCCACGGCCUGCUGGAUCCCCGGCCUUUCUACCAGUCCUGCUACCUGGACGGCUGCUACAAUCACCGCAAGGCUCAGGUCUGCGGCUCGCUGGCAGCCUACGCAGAGGCCUGCCGCUCCAUGGGCACCCUCACCACCAAGUGGAUCACCCAAGAGAAUUGCUCAGAAUGGAUCUACGACCCCUGUGCAGGAGAGAUCUGCACAAACUUCACCUGUGAGCUGGAGAACGGAGGUGACCUGUGUGGCUGUCCAGAGUUGCCCACCAGCACUGGAGGUGAUGAUGACAUCAUCCAGGCGGAGGUGAACUGUAAGCAUGCUCAGAUGGAGGUCUCCAUUUCCAAGUGUAAGCUCUUCCAGCUGGGCUUUGAACGAGAGGACGUCAGGGUCAACGACGAGCACUGCCCCGGCAUCGAGGGAGAGGACCGCAUCUCCUUUCGCAUCAACAACACGAAGGGACACUGUGGCUCCAUCGUACAGUCGAACAGCACACACAUCAUGUAUAAGAACACCGUGUGGAUAGAGAGUGUGAACAACACCGGGAACAUCAUCACCAGAGACAAGACCAUCAACGUGGAGUUUUCCUGCGCCUACGAACUGGACCUGAAGAUCUCCCUGGAGACUGUCCUCAAGCCCAUGCUCAGUGUGAUAAACCUCACCUUACCGACCCAGGAAGGAAACUUCAUCACCAAGAUGGCUCUCUAUAAGAACUCCUCGUACCGAAACCCGUACAGGGAGGGGGAGGUGGUGCUCAGCACGCGAGACAUCCUCUUCGUGGGUGUCUUUGUGGAAGGGGCCGAUGAAAACCAGCUCAUCCUCAUAGUAAACAUGUGCUGGGCCACGCCGUCCCGCUACAGCAGUGACCGACUCCGCUAUAUCAUCAUAGAGAGAGGGUGUCCAAACAUUAAAGACAACACCAUCGGCAUGGCAGAGAACGGCGUGUCGCUCACCUGUCGCUUCCACGUCACCGUCUUCAAGUUCAUCGGGGAUUACGAGGAGGUCCACCUCCACUGUGACGUCACCCUGUGCGACUCGGAAACAAACGCCUGCAAAGUGAACUGUCCACACAAGAGAAGAAUGUACUCGGAGGACAGUGACCAUAAAGAGCACAUAUUGACUGUGGGACCCAUUAGAAGGAGAGCAUUAGACUGGUGUGAGGAGGGAAACGGAGGCUGUGAGCAGAUCUGCACCAGUAAGAUGGCCGGACCGGUCUGCAGCUGUGUGACUGGGAUGCUGCAAAGAGAUGGGAAAAGCUGCCGGACUGCGAGCUCGAGCUGUAACCUCACACCUGCGGUGUCUCUGCUGAGCGUCAGCGCUGUGAUCUCCAUGUUCCCGGCUCGUAUUCACACUCUCCUCUCCUAACACUCUCUGCGAACAAAGGGAGGCAACAAAUGAAAAGGAACAAAACACAGAAAAGACUUGAAGAUGCACACAGUUUAUCAGCGUUGAUUAGCCAGUAGAUCAGCUGUGUGUUCCAGUCAGAAAAUCGAGACAGAAUACACUGUGCAUUCACAAAUGUCUGAGGCCACAUAUUCUUGAUGCAACUGAAGGUAACUACACAGACAUGUAGACAAGUUUCACCCUAACUUCCCUAAUUGUGUUAUUCUCCGCCUCCUCCAUUUUAUAUCAGGACACCUUAUUGUGUAUUAUCAUGUACUUAAAGCCACUAUGUGUAGAAUUUUUUUAAUGUGAUUAUAACAUAUUUCAAAUUAUUCUGAUGGCUUUUGUUUGAAGAAAAAUGAAUGCAUUACUGUCUGCCACAGUGUCUUUUUUAUACUACCACCAGAUGGCGCCAACAUAGAAAUAGAAAUGGUCUAAUUCUUUACAUUGCACUCAGAGAGCGCAGAUCUCCGCCAAGGCGUGCCCCUAGCUCACAAUAUUAAUGCAGUGGAAAUUUCCCCAGUCAGAAACACACUUUUCUGAUUAAUCCGACACCACAUGAAUGCAGCACAAACAUUGCACAGUAAUUUGUGUAUCCGCCCCAUGACUCGGGUCCGCUCCAAAAUGUAAUGGGUUCUUCCUUUGCCCAUUCUACACCCUUCCCCCAAGUUUCAUGAAAAUAUGGUUGGUAGUUUUUCUGAAAUCUUGCGGACAGACAGACAGACAGACAGACAAGCAAACAAACAAAAAAACGGACAAACCAAACAUAGCCUAACCUCCAUUGUGGAGGUGAAUAUGGUAGUGAACCAAAGACAUUGGUGUUGAAGGCAAACAUCAUCCAAUGUCCCAAUCUCCACACCUGUACUUUACAAUGCUAUGAACACAUUCUGCAUUGGAACUGAAAUUAAAUCACGAACAGUUACAGCUAAUAAAUUGUUGCGUAAUGGACAUAAUGUCUAGGAGUCAGAGUAGCAUUAUCUGGAUACUGACAUUUGCAAUUACACCUGAUAUUAAUAAACAUUCUCGUCAUUUUGGUUCUACCCGCAAUAAGGUCGGCAGAUGGUAGACUUGUCAGCAAACAUCUGUGACUGUGAGGGUCUAGCUCUCCAAAUCCACAAGAGGCCUCAAGUGGAAUAUCUGGAGACUUCCUGUUAGAGCGGCUAUAUAUGAAACAAAUAGUCGUUUAAAUGAUUAGUAGAUUAACAGAAAAUGAACCGGCAACUAUUUUGGUAACCGAUUAAUCAAUUUAUGUAGUUCUUUAAGCAAGAAGGCCAAACAUUGUCUAGUUCCAGCUUCACCGUUUUGAGGAUUUUCUGUAAACUGAAUAUCUUUGGACUUUAGACUGUUAGUCAGACAAAACAAGUACUUUAUAAUUUGAAGAUGUGUGGUCGGGCUUUGCCUCGAGAAAAUAAUCAUCAGAUAAAUCGAUAAAGAAAACAAUGAUCACACCCAGCCCUAAAAAGCAGCAGUAGAUUGUCUGUAGCGUUAAGAACAGUCAAAAAUAUCAGUUAUUCUACAUGGAAACAAGUUCAGCCUUAAGUUCCCUCUCACAGCACAUUUUAUCUGCUCAUGGCCCAGCUCCCUAACAGACAUGAUAGAGUAUGUGUAAUCUGUAAAGAUUCACUCUGCAAGUAUACAGUAUGUUUUUCUUGUCCAGAUAAGAUACCCAAAUACAAAUUAAUACCAGGUGUACAUGGGCUCUGAUAGUGGAAUAAAAGUCUGCUGGACAGUGGAUCUACUGGCUAGUAUUAACCAGAGCAGAGCUGAUCUAUUAACUUCCUGUUUGACCUCCAGACUAACUAAAUUACAGCAUUUAACAUUCUAAAUCAACCAAAUCUACGUCAGCUUGUGGCAGUAAAGAGGCUACGGAUCAGGUAAUGAGACUACACGGAUGUCAAAGUGGAGUUCUUUGAAUGAAGUGUGUGAGGAGAGCACCUUAAUAUGAAUACUCAUAUUUUUAACUCAAAUGUUAAAUAAUGUCAUACAGUAGAUUAGUGCCCAGGUUGUGUUGCGACUGUAAGAAAUGCAAUUAGUUGUGCCAUUAAAAUAUUGAAUUUUUAUCUUAAUCAGUUGUAGUGUUGUAACACUCCUGUCACAAAUAUUGACUGUUGGCUCUGACGUAUUGAUUGCCUUUUAGGGUGGACAUGUGAGGACAUAUUGUAAAACUGUCAAUAGAGUAAGGUUCUCCAAGUAGGAUCACUGGUCAGUGUUUUUUAUUUGGCACCUUAUGUGUUUUUAAUGUCAAUAUAUAUGUCACCACACAUCUUAUGUAACCCUUCAGUGUUCUUCACUGAAGCCAACUCAAAUUCUCAGUUUUGCAUUAGUUAUACAGUAAGUAGCAGUUUUUCAUAGGUAGGUCUGUUUUGCUACCUUCUAUGUACAAAUGUACAGUCCUUGUCUGUCAGUUUGGUGGUUUAUGUCAUGACUUCUUUUUUUAAUAAUAAUCAGUAUCUAUUUUAUGUUCAAAACCAUUACCAAAAUAUGUUUUAGUUUUUGAGAGCAGAGCCACCCAACUUUUAAUAAAUUAAGUUCUCAAAGUCA